AUGUCAUCCGAUUCCCUUUCUUCUGCCUCUACAACUGAACCGCUUUUUCAUGAACAAGAAUUAUCGUCAAAAGAAAGAUCCUCAUGGAUCUCGUGGAUUAAAACUAGUUUUUCGCCAAUGUUUACAAACCAAUUUCUUAUAAUAUUUUUAUUUGGACAAUUUCUUUCAUUUUGUAUUACCUCCACAAUAGUGGCAACUGCAGAAUUGAAAAUUAAAGCACCUACUGUUCAAAAUUUUUUAACGUAUUUCGUGUUAUUUAUCACUUGUACGCCGAUUACUAUUGAUAAAUACGGGCUUGAGGGAUUUUUAAAAAUGAUGAAAAUCAGGGCUUGGAAAUAUAUUCUAAUUGCUUUUAUGAAUGUUCAAGGAAAUUAUUUAAUUGUAAAAGCUUUUGAAUACACAUCUGCACUUUCUCUCAUGUUACUCGAUGCAUGGACAACACCUAUAGUUGCAGUUUUAUCACUUAUAUUCUUGAAAGUAACAUAUCGCUCAAGUCAAUAUUUGGGUAUUACUAUUUGUAUGAUAGGUUUUGGAAUAGUGAUCUUGGGUGAUUUUGAUAUUGGUAAAAAUAUGAAUAUUGCUAAAGAUCCAAUCAAAGGUGAUAUAUUUGCCAUUAUUGCAGCAACUUGCUACGGUAUAUCAAAUGUAUUUGAAGAGAUUUGCGUAAAGGAAAGACCAUUGCAUGAGGUCAUUGGUCAAAUGGGAUUUUGGGGUACAAUUAUUAGUUGUAUACAAAUUGCAAUUAUUGAAAAUGAUGAAUUUAAUAAUUUAGUAGUGUCUCCAAAAAUGA